UGACGCGACGGCGGCGACGGGGAGCGCUGCUCCGCGGGGCAGCGGCGGGAGCGGCAAUGGCGCACAUCACCAUCAACCAGUACCUGCAGCAGGUCUGCGAAGCACUCGACGCCAGAGACGGGUCGUCCCUUGCAGAGCUGGUGUCUUUCAAGCACCCUCAUGUUGCCAACCCACGGCUCCAGAUGGCCUCUCCAGAAGAGAAGUGUCAACAAGUUUUGGAACCCCCUUAUGACGAAAUGUUUGCAGCUCAUUUAAGGUGCACGUACGCGGUGGGGAACCACGACUUCAUAGAGGCGUACAAGUGCCAGACCGUCAUUGUCCAAUCAUUCCUACGGGCAUUUCAGGCCCACAAAGAAGAAAACUGGGCUCUGCCUGUCAUGUAUGCGGUGGCACUUGACCUUCGAAUAUUUGCCAACAAUGCAGAUCAGCAGCUGGUAAAGAAAGGAAAGAGCAAAGUUGGGGACAUGCUGGAGAAGGCGGCCGAGCUGCUGAUGAGCUGCUUCCGCGUCUGCGCCAGCGACACCCGUGCGGGCAUAGAGGACUCCAAGAAGUGGGGCAUGCUGUUUCUGGUGAAUCAGUUAUUCAAGAUCUAUUUUAAGAUCAACAAGCUCCAUUUGUGUAAACCGCUCAUCCGAGCCAUCGACAGCUCAAACCUGAAGGACGACUACAGCACUGCCCAGAGGGUGACGUACAGGUACUACGUGGGGCGGAAGGCCAUGUUCGACAGCGACUUCAAGCAAGCUGAGGAGUACCUGUCCUUUGCUUUUGAGCACUGCCACCGUUUGAGCCAGAAGAACAAAAGGAUGGUCCUCAUUUAUCUACUUCCUGUGAAGAUGCUCCUGGGUCACAUGCCGACUAUUGAGCUCCUGAGAAAGUACCAUCUCAUGCAGUUUGCGGAGGUGACCAAAGCUGUGAGCGAAGGCAACCUCCUCCUCCUGAACGAGGCUCUGGCCAAGCACGAGGCCUUCUUCAUCCGCUGCGGCAUUUUCCUUAUCCUCGAGAAGCUGAAGAUUAUCACCUACAGGAAUCUUUUCAAGAAAGUGUACCUGUUACUCAAGACACACCAGCUGUCCCUGGAUGCGUUCCUGGUUGCCCUGAAGUUCAUGCAGGUGGAGGACGUGGACAUCGCCGAGGUCCAGUGCAUCCUGGCCAACCUGAUCUACAUGGGUCACAUUAAAGGCUACAUCUCGCACCAGCACCAGAAGCUGGUUGUCAGCAAGCAGAACCCCUUCCCCCCGCUGUCCACGGUGUGCUGACCCCGCCCCCGAGGACAGGGAGAGGGGCCGUCCCGGUUCUCAUCCUGCCGA